GCGUUGCAACUUCAACCUCGCGCUAGGCUGUCUCGGUUGAUCGGUUCCCUGCGGGUUAAGUUGCUGCCGCGGCAUUACCCCAGCUUUCUGAACGGCCUUGUCCCGCACAUGCACAACAAUGUUCUUUUGUAGCUUCUAAUCCUACUCAAUCUUCUCUUCACAGCUCCUCGCAACUCUCACCGUGACCAUGCGUGCCCUUCGAAAAUCUACUCAUCUCUCACGCCAGCUCGUAGCUGCCAAUGGCACGCGCUUCAACUCCACAACCGCGCCGGCUGCCAGAGCGCUGACCUCCGUCCUGAUUGCCAAUCGUGGAGAGAUCGCACUCCGUGUUGGCCGCACAGCUUCGGAGUAUGGCGUGCGAACGACUACUCUCUAUACCGAUCCAGAUGCUCGUUCACAGCACGCUCUUAGCUCACCCUUCGCUGUCAACCUCGGCGAUCCUUCUGCAUAUCUGGAUGGAGACAGGAUAAUCCAGAUCGCAAAAGACCAAGGCUGCCAGGGAAUACACCCAGGCUAUGGAUUUUUAAGUGAAAACCCCCACUUUGCGAAGAAAUGCACGGAGGCUGGUAUAACCUUCAUUGGGCCACCAGCUUCAGCGAUCGAAGCCAUGGGCAGUAAAAGUGAAUCGAAGAACAUCAUGACAAAGGCUGGUGUCCCUUGCGUCCCAGGCUACCACGGUAGCAAUCAAGACCCCGAUUACCUGAAGAAAGAGGCAGCAGGAAUUGGCUACCCUGUUCUGCUCAAGGCGGUCAAGGGUGGUGGUGGCAAAGGAAUGCGAAUUGUCAACACAGAGCAAGAGUUCUUCGAUCAGUUAUCUUCGGCUAAGGGAGAAGCCCGCAACUCUUUUGGAGAUGAAGUGAUGCUGGUCGAGAAGUAUAUCACAACUCCACGCCACAUUGAGGUACAGGUAUUCGCAGACAGGCAUGGGAACUGUGUCGCGCUGGGCGAGCGUGAUUGCAGUAUCCAGAGGCGGCAUCAGAAAAUUUUGGAGGAGUCUCCUGCUCCACAUCUACCGGAAGAGAUUCGUCAGGAUCUUUGGGAGAAGGCUAGACAAGCUGCUCUUGCCGUCGGCUACGAAGGUGCUGGCACAGUCGAAUUCAUCUUCGACAAUGACACUGGCGAAUUCUUCUUCAUGGAGAUGAACACCCGUUUGCAGGUCGAACACCCUGUCACUGAGAUGGUUACAGGCACAGAUCUGGUACACUGGCAGCUCAUUGUCGCAGAAGGCGGUCGUCUGCCCUUGACACAGCAAGAGAUUGAAGCGAGGAUCAAGGAACGCGGUCAUGCCAUUGAGGCACGCAUUUACGCUGAGAACCCUGACAUGAACUUCAUCCCCGACUCUGGGCUUCUCCUCCACCUUCGUACACCCACGCCGACACCUACAGUGCGAAUAGACUCUGGAUUUGUCGCUGGUGAUGAAGUUUCUUCACACUACGAUCCUAUGAUCUCGAAACUCAUCGUUCAAGGACCCACCAGAGAGGCUGCGAUCCAGAAGCUCCGGACAGCACUGGAGCAAUACGAGGUUGCUGGCCCCAUUACCAAUAUUGAGUUCAUCAAAAAGAUGUGUGUCAGUCCAGACUUCAUCGCCGGUGAGGUCGAGACAGGUUACAUCCAAAAGCACCAUGCUGAGCUCUUCACGCCUGUUCCUCCCGCACCAGAAGUCUUUGCGCAAGCUGCUCUUGGCCUCGCUCUCCAGGAAAUCUCCUCGAGGAGGUCAGACCCUUUCUCUGGCCCGCCCAUCUCCGCUGCUGGCUUCGGUCUCGGCUUCCAACAACGCAAGUUUGAUUUGGUAGAAACAUCCGCUGACGGCAAAGGCGAUGUCACAAGCACACCCGUUACCAUCGUGCAAACUGCGCCAUCUAAAUUCGACGUUACUGUAGGCUCUGAAACGUACGAUAACGUAACGAGCACAUUCAGCCCAACAAGCAACACACUCACAACGUACUAUCCCCACACACGUCUCUCCACAACAUUUGUCCGCGAUGAAGACCGCCUCACCUUAUUCCAGCAAGGCAAGCAGUACCGUCUGCAGCUUGCAAUGCCCAAGUGGGCAGAGAAAGCCCUUGGUAUUAAGGAUGUCACAAACAGUGUGUUGGCACCCAUGCCGUGUAAAGUGCUGAGAGUAGAGAUCGAGGAGGGACAAGAAGUGAAGAAGGACCAACCGCUUGUGAUCAUCGAGAGUAUGAAGAUGGAAACCGUAAUCAGGAGUCCAAUGGACGGUGUCGUCAAGAGAAUUGUCCACGGAAAGGGAGAUCUCUGCAAGGCAGGUACAGCACUGGUGGAAUUUGAGGAUGUUGAGAGUACCUCGUAAUGGGAACGACACUAGUAAAAUUACAGACGAUAGAUUCACUCGGUCACAAAAUGAAGACACCAAUUUUGCUCUGC